AUGGUGAAUAUACCCCACCUUGCUGGCUUCCUAUCAUGGAGCAUAGGCUUGACGCUACGAAACGCUGAUGUCACCCCAAUUCGAUCGCCAAGCUGGCCCGAUAUCUUAGGUGGAGCGAGCUCGGGAAAGGGCGAGUGGGGCGUGAACGUGCGCGCCCGAUCGAUCUAUUAUCCCACCGAGCGACCCUUGAACUCCAUCCACCAUCAGCUCAGUCCCACCGUACUCAAAAAGCUGCUCUUCCCCCGCUCGCAGUCAAAGUUCCGCAUAUCAAAGACUACCAACUUCCAACAACCAACCGAAACCAUGGGCGAGUUGGCAGAUCAACACACGGAGGACAGCUAUAUCGAGUGGAUGGAGGAGGAGAUGCAGGAAGAAGAAGAUAGAGCUGCCGAGGAAGCUCGGAAUGAUGAGGCGGAAGCUCAGGCGGAACAGGAGGCCGGUGAAGCUCAGGCGGAGCACGAGGCCGAGGAAGCCAGCAGCGGCGGAGAGCCCAGGAACUGA